AUGGAUCCAAUAAAGUAUAUCUUUGAGAAGCCUGCUCUGACUGGAAGACUUCCCUAUUGGCACAUGUUGUUAUUUGAAAAUGACAUCCAGUAUGUAACCCAAAAAUCCAUCAAAGGAAGUGUUUUAUAUGACUACCUCUCUAAUCAGCCUGUUGAAGACUAUGAGCCAUUGAAGUUUAAUUUCCCAAAUGAAGACAUUAUAUUGGUGAAGGAUUGUGAAACUCCAAGCCCAAAUGAAGGUCCCAAGCCAGGUUCCCGCUGGAAGAUGAUGUUUGAUGGUUCCUCCAAUUGCAUGGGGCAUGGUGUGGGAGUUGUGUUGAUGAAUCCCAAUGGUGGGUAUACUCCUUUCAUGACAAGAUUGUGUUUUAAAUGUACCGACAACAUUGCAGAGUAUGAAGCAUGUAUCUUGGGUAUUGAAGCUGCAAUUAACACCCGAAUCAAGAUCCUUGAAGUGUAUAGAGACUCAACCUUGGUUAUCUACCAAGUCAAAGGUGAAUGGGAAACCCGUGAUGAGAAGUUAAUUCUAUAUCGUGCCCAUAUUAUGGAAUUGAUAAAAUACUUUGAUGAAAUCACCUUCCAUCAUGUUCCGAGAGUAGAAAAUAAGAUAGAAGAUGCCUUGGCUAUGUUCGCCUCUAUGUUCCAAUUCAGAUUUCUCAAUGAGGCACACUCAUCACAAUUUAGUGGAAAAUUGCGCCAACCUAUUGUCUAUUGGUUGAAGAAGAAACUGACGAGAAACCAUGGUUCUAUGAUAUCAAGAACUACUUGCAGAAUCAAGAAUACCUAG